AUGACAAAAAUAUUUUUUAGAAAUUUUCGUGUGUCUUGCUUACAAUUAAAUAAAUGUAAUUAUGCUACUGCACCUAAUGCAAUAGCAACCAUUAAAUUAAAUAAUAAAGAGUACGUUACUGAUGAUUACACGAAUGUGACUCCAAAGAUUUUAUCGUAUUUGAAUCGUAAUUUGCAUUUAAAAAAAGACAACCCCUUAUCUUUAGUUCGGCAACGAAUUGUGAAUUAUUUUUAUUCCUCUUUUACGCAUAGAGGUAAUCCGACUUUUAGUGUGUAUGAAAAUCUAUCUCCUGUGGUCACGACAAAACAAAAUUUCGAUGAUUUGUUGAUACCAGAAAACCAUCCAAGCAGGACUAAAUCUGAUUGUUAUUAUAUUAAUCGCAAGACGUUGCUACGGGCACACAUGACUGCUCACCAGAGUGAACUUCUUCGUUCAGGGCUGGAUAACUUCCUUAUGAUAGGUGAUGUGUACAGAAGGGACGAAAUUGAUUCAACACAUUUUCCAGUAUUUCAUCAAAUAGAUGCAGUACGGUCUCAACGUAAAGAACAGUUGUUUCAAGAUUUUCCAGAUUUGGAACUGUUUGAACCAACAUUUGAUCCACAAAACCCUCAUAUAUUCACAAAUUCUAUAAAAGACCCCAAUAAACAGAGUUGCCAUACAUUGGAAGCCACAAAGCUAAUGGAGGCACAGCUUAAAAACCACCUUAUUGGUUUAGUGCAAACGCUGUUUGGUGAUAAUAUAAAACACAGAUGGGUUGAAGCAUAUUUUCCAUUUACACAUCCAUCUUGGGAACUAGAAAUCUUUUACGAAAACAAUUGGUUGGAAGUUUUGGGCUGUGGUAUUGUACGUAAUGAAAUAUUGGCAAAUGCCGGGCCAAAUAAUACAAUAGCAUAUGCAUUUGGUUUGGGAUUAGAAAGAAUUGCUAUGGCAUUAUAUAAAAUUCCAGACAUUCGAUUAAUGUGGAGUAAAGAUUCUGGUUUCUUAUCACAGUUUGAGGAUAAGGCAUUAAAUGAAAGAAUUACAUACAAACCUGUGUCAUCUUAUCCUCAGUGUGUAAAUGAUAUCUCAUUUUGGCUUCCUCCCAACCUAACUAUUGACACAUUUACUAGCAAUGAUUUUUACGACUUAGUGAGAGAUGUUGGAGGAGAUAUUAUAGAACAGGUGAAGCUCAAGGAUAAAUUUGUACAUCCAAAAUCAAAGAAACAUAGUCUAUGCUACAGCAUUAUUUAUAGACACUUAGAACGUACCCUUAAACAGGCUGAAGUCAAUGAAGUGCACAAGGAGAUAGAAAAAGCAGCUGUAAAGGCUUUUAAUGUUAUCAUAAGAUAA